AUGUUCCCGAGGCACACGGCAACCCGAACAAAAAAAAAGGAGGAUUCUCAAAACCAUAACAAGAACAGCUUUUGGGCUAUCCCGGUAGACUGCCCCUGGGACAGAUUGACGUGCCGUGGCGCGGCUGAGGGGGGACAUCUUGAUGUCCUGCAACGGGCGAGAAUCAACGGAUGCCCCUGGGACGUAGACACGUGCUUUGGCGCGGCUGAGGGGGGACAUCUUGAAGUCCUGCAAUGGGCGAGAAGCAACGGAUGCCCCUGGGACGAAGGCACGUGCCGUAGCGCGGCUGAGGGGGGACAUCUUGAAGUCCUGCAAUGGGCCAGAAGCAACAGAUGCCCCUGGGACGAAGGGACGUGCCUUGUCGCGGCUGAGGGGGGACAUCUUGAUGUCCUGCAAUGGGCGAGAAGCAACGAAUGCCCCUGGGACGAAGGGACGUGCAGUGAGGCCGCUUCGGGGACAUCUUGA